AUGUCCAUGUCGUCGUCGUCGUCCAACACCCGCUACGGACCCGUCACCUCGGGUCUCAUGACGGGCGGGACGGUGCUCACGCUCUACCUCCUCAUCUAUCUAUCCUUCAAGCUGCGGACCAAUCGAGCGGUACGGGGGAAGAGGGUGAAGCAGAGAGAAGAGGAAGGUCGACGUGUCAGUUUUGCCAUUGUAGGAAGAAUCUGGUGUGGUUGGUGCUCAGUAGGGAAAAACCGUGAUAUGGCCAUCGUUUAG